AUGGAUUUGAAGACUAGCUAUACCAAUAGUUCGUUACGUCCCAUUUACGCUGGAAGUGGGGCUAUUUGUACUACUUCAGAAGAUGGUAGCAUAUUAGCGACCCCAGUGCUGGAUGAGAUCAAUGUCAUUCAAUUAAAACCUACUCAAAAGCUUCUACAUACAAUCGAAAAUGAUGAUGAGCAAGAGAUCACCGCUUUGAGGCUCACUCCAGAUGGAAGAUACCUGUGCUAUGUUUCUCAGGCUCAACAACUGAAAAUCUUUAGCUUGGAUUCAAUGAAGAUAACGAGAUCAAUGAAGAUAUCAUCACCUUCCUACGUUAUGGAUUCUGAUUCCACUUCGACAUUAAUUGCCAUUGGUGGUACCGAUGGUAGUAUUAGUGUCGUUGAUGUGGAGAAUGGCUAUAUUACUCAUUCCUUCAAAGGUCAUGGUGGUACUAUCUCGAGCCUGAAAUUCCAUGGAGAGCUUAAUGGUGAUAAAUGGCUACUGGCUUCCGGUGACACGAAUGGUGUGGCCAAGGUCUGGGAUCUGGUCAAGAGAAGAUGUUUGCAUACGAUGCAAGAACACACGUCAGCAAUUAGAGGUCUGGAUUUCAAGGAAGUGGAGGGUGAAGAUUGUGUGAAGUUGUUAUCUGGUGGUAGGGAUGAUAUUGUAAAUCUUUGGGAAUUCAAUAUGAAAAAGCAUUCUAAGUUGUUAAAGACUGUACCCGUUCACCAACAGGUCGAAUCGUGUGGAUUUGUCCGCGAGUCGGAUCUGGUUUACACUGCUGGUGGUGAAGCAGUAUUACAGUUAAUUUCACUCGAGAGUCAAAAAGUCAUUAAGAAGACCCAGAAGCCUAUUGAAGAACUGUUCAUUGUUGGAGUACUGCCAAUUUUAAGUGGCAGAGAAUUCUACCUAGUUCUGUCCGAUCAAACAUUGCAACUUAUCAACAUGGAAGAAGCUAUCUCGAAUUUUGAUGACGAACUGAUCAAUGUAGCAUCAUCAAUCGCCGGUAAUCACGGUACAAUUGCUGACAUUAGAGUGGUGGGCCCAGGUUUAAACAAAAUUGCCUUAGCCACGAACUCGCCCGCUUUAAGGAUCAUUCCAAUCCCUCAGACGUCAGAGAAUUCUCUCCCACUUGACGUCGAAGUUUACGAAGGUCACGAAGAUUUACUGAACUCGCUAGAUGCUACUGAGGAUGGCCUAUGGCUUGCAACAUGCUCAAAGGACAGUUCCGCGAUCCUGUGGAGAUUUAACGUUGAGACCGCUAAGUUCUUCCCAUACGCCAAGUUCACUGGUCAUUCAGCUUCAGUGACUGCGGUCGCUUUGCCAAAUGUGAUGUUAAGAGGUUGGCCAGAGUUUUUGAUUACUGCAUCAAACGACUUGACCGUUAAGAGAUGGAAGGUACCAAAGCCAGCUAACGAAGACAUUAGCGAUUUGUUAACGAUCAAGCAAUCGGAGUAUACUUUCCAUGUACAUGCUAAGGAUAUUAACGCCUUGUCGCUAGCUCCAAACGAUUCGUUGUUUGCCACAGCAUCAUAUGAUAAGACCUGCAAAAUAUGGGACGUUGAGACCGGUGAGAGCAAAGCCACCCUGGCGGGUCACAAGCGUGGUCUUUGGGAUGUAUCCUUCUGCCAAUACGACAAGCUGCUAGCGACUAGUUCAGGUGACAAGACAAUAAAGAUUUGGAACUUGGAUACUUUCUCAUGUGUCAAGACGUUGGAAGGGCAUACAAAUGCUGUCCAAAGGUGCGCCUUCAUGAACAAGCAAAAGCAACUGGUUAGCAGUGGUGCAGAUGGUCUUAUCAAAAUUUGGGACUGUAUCACAGGUGACUGUCUAAAAACCUUGGAUGGUCACGGUAACAGAAUAUGGGCAAUGAAUGUUUGCAAUGAUGGUGAUCUAAUAAUUAGUGCAGACGCAGAUGGUGUAUUCCAGUUCUGGAGAGACUGUACUGAAGAACAAAGGGAACAGGAUUUGGAGAAGGAAAAGAAGAAAGUCGAACAAGAACAAACUCUACAGAAUUACCUAUCGAACGAAGAUUGGACUAACGCAUUCCUGCUAGCACUAACCUUGGAUCAUCCAAUGAGACUCUUUAACGUCCUAAGGCGGUCAGUGAUCAAAUCUGAUGACGAUACUACAUCGAUCUUCAACAAGGAACUUGAUGAAGUUAUUUCCACGUUGAGCAACGAACAGCUAAUUCUCCUGAUAAAAAGAUCAAGAGACUGGAACACCAAUGCCAGAACACACAAUAUUGCUCAAAAGGUGAUCAAAUGUAUCCUACUACAUCACAAUAUCUCAGAACUAUGUGAAAUACCGGGUCUAGUGCAGUUAGUGGAUGCAAUUAUUCCAUAUACAAAGAGACACUUUUCCAGAGUGGAUAAUCUGAUAGAGCAAAGCUAUAUACUCGAUUACGCACUAGUAGAGAUGGAUAGAAUACUUUAA